AUGGAACAACCCCCUCUAGUGUCAGCCAUCCCGUAUACGUUUCUUGAAAGUGUCCAGCAGCCCACUCAGCUACGAUACGGCCAGAAUAUGUCUACGAUCUUGACAGUCCUUAGGCAGAUGGAAGCCAUCAAAAUGGUCAAAAUAUCCAAGGGGUUGGAGGCAUUGAGGGAUGAUCUGGAACUGGAGAAGGAAAUAGCAGUCAAUUUGGCGGACAAACCAAGGAAGAGGGGAGAACAAUUGGUAGUGAUACUAGUCUUCUCCACUCUGACCCUUUUCAACUGCAACACAGCCUGUCCCACUACCUGCGUGUGUUCUCCUACCAACAUCGUUGAGUGCAGGGGUGAUACCAUCAUCGAUACACCAAAGCAACUGCCUAAUCAGAUGCAUACACUCCGAUUGAGCAUGACAAACAUGAACGUCAUUGGUGAGCAGAGUCUUGAGAAAAAGGAGCUGAUGUUUCAUUUUAGUUUAACUUUUAGCCAGCUCCACACAAUCCAUCCCCGGGCUUUCUACGCCGCACCCCAGCUGACAUCCGUUGAGCUAUCAUACAACAACCUUGCCUCACUUCCUGAAGGAGUUUUUAGACCGCUUAUCGUUCUGGAGCAUCUCCAUUUAAAUAGGAACCACCUGGAGACCAUUACUGCCGACAUGUUUGAAGGACUUGCUAAAUUGAAGGACCUAGACUUGAGUUACAAUAAAUUUUCUAUUAUUCCUCCAGGAACUUUCAGUAAGCUGAUAAACCUCGAAGCCCUGAACAUAGGCAAAAACCGCUUCAGAACACUUCCACCCACUAUCUUUCACUCUUUGAGCAAACUUGAAAGGCUCAGCAUUUAUAAAAACCAAUUGGAGAGUUUAGAACCUGAGCUGUUUACUAGACUAGUCAACUUAAAGUAUCUACAUAUCUACUCCAACAAGUUAACCGCUAUUCCUCCAGAGGUGUUUUGGAAACUAGUAAAUUUGGAGAAUCUGACCUUGUCUUCAAACCAACUUACAUUUUUGCCCGAGAGAAGCUUCUAUAACAUGCCGAAAAUGAUUAAACUAACCCUUUACAAAAAUCCACUCUUAUCGCUACCGGUUGAGCUGAUGGGACAUAUGCCUGAAAUGCCUGAAUUUCUCCUGUAUGAAACUAACCUUACCACAGUGCCUGGAAAUCUCUUUGCCAACAUGACUGGGCUGGAGGUCCUAAAAUUCCAUUUUAAUGACAAGCUAAGUGAGUUACCCCCAGAUCUGUUUUGUUGUCUCCCUGAACUGCACGAGCUCUCACUGAAAUCCAACAACCUCCAGCGGCUGCUUCCGCAACACUUCUCCCGAUUAAAUAAACUGGAAACAUUAUUGCUUAAUAACAACACCCUCAACAACCUACCAAACAACAUAUUUCAGGACCUUGGACAACUUACAAUACUGGAUUUGAGAGGAAACCAGUUAAAGAUCCUUCCAGAAGAUAUCUUCAAGUCCAAUGCACUACAAGAGAUUGGUUUGAGUGACAACCCGUGGGACUGUACCUGCAGCAUCAGAGGUUUUGUAAGAUGGGUAAGACAAAACAUGCAGGUAGUUCUUGACAGUCAAAAUGUCAUGUGUCACAGUCCAAGGUACCAAAUGCUCCGCACUCUUGACUCUCUACGAGAUGAGGAGUUGAACACUUGCAGCAUUACAACAGUGACUCCAAGUUGGACCCCGACACAGGAACCAACUCAGGAGUCUUCUACGACAACUGCAUCUACUGAAGCAACCUACUCACAGGAACCUCAGACCAGUUUAAAACCAGAUGAAACUUCCACUAAGCAUGAACUUUCCUCAUACAAACCACAAAUAAGUGUCAGACCGGAUGAGACUUCCUUCACCUACGACAUUUCACCUACUUUUCACGAUGUCCUGAUAGUCGAACAGGGGCCUGAAUACGUCCACCACAACUAUCACAAUGGUUGGGUGUAUGUGUGGUUUUUGCCCUCUAACCCAGCUUUGGCAGGCUUCCUCACGUUUUCUCACAUCAUGCUUGUAGCCACAGGCAUUAUCGUCAUCCUCCUUACCAUGUAUAGUAUGCAUCUUCUCACCAAAAGAGUGAAGGAGAUAAAGGCACAGUUUGUACACAUCGAAGGGUAA